UUAUGAACAAAAUUUGAUCAAAUUUUAAUGUUGCUUCGACAUUUUCCGAUAGAUUAUCUUGAAAGGAUUUUUGAAAUUUGACAAAAACAAAAAAAAAUAACAAAAUAACAAAAAAAAAAAAAAAUAAGCAAGCAAGCAAAAUUGUUUUGGUCCGGUAUUAAAACGUUUACCGUUUCUUUUUUUUUUUUCGUUUGCGUGGAAUUCGUUGGUCAUCUGUGUGUAAUCUGUCCCUCGUGAGAAUACUCAACGCGGCAAAUUUUUUAGCGUCGAAAUAUAACCAACAAGAAAAUAUAAGCAAACUUUUCAAUGUGUCCAAACGUAAAUAUGUUAUGUUAGUGGUGUGAAGGCCUUUAACGAUGAGCUUCUCUAGCGAUGAAGUCAACUUUUUAGUCUACCGCUAUCUUCAAGAAUCCGGUUUCGUGCAUUCUGCAUAUACUUUUGGUAUAGAAUCCCAUAUAGCGCAGAGUAACAUUAAUGGUGCCCUGGUACCACCAGCAGCUCUUUUAUCUAUUUUACAAAAGGGAUUACAGUAUACGGAGGCAGAAAUUUCAAUUGGUGAAGACGGAACGGAACAAAGGAUGGUCGAGUCGUUGUCUCUCAUCGAUGCAGUCAUGCCAGAUAUUGUUGCAUCCAGACAGAAUCAGAUCAAUCAACAGAAACAACAGAUAAAAACCGAAGUUCAAGAUACUAAUGGAGAAGAAGUGGUGACAUCAAAUGAUGGUGUAGGAACAACCGAACGAGGUGCUGAUAGAAAUGAAAUGGAAGUGGACGAACAACAGCAAGGUACAGGGACCGGUGCUAAUGCUAGUGCUGUUGAAAUACCAGCUAGCAAGGCUACCAAGUUACGAGGGCACGAGUCUGAAGUUUUUAUAUGCGCUUGGAAUCCUACGACCGAUCUUUUGGCAUCUGGUUCUGGGGACAGCACUGCUCGUAUUUGGGACAUGUCUGACAAUUCUCAGGCUCCUAAUCAAUUGGUUCUUCGUCAUUGCAUUCAGAAAGGUGGAACUGAAGUACCAAGUAACAAGGAUGUUACUUCAUUAGAUUGGAAGUGCGAUGGUACGUUGUUAGCAACUGGAAGUUACGAUGGUUAUGCACGCAUUUGGACAACAGAUGGAAGAUUGGCUUCUACUCUGGGUCAACACAAAGGUCCCAUUUUUGCAUUGAAGUGGAACAAACGUGGAAAUUACAUUUUAAGUGCUGGUGUUGAUAAAACAACUAUUAUUUGGGAUGCCGAAAGUGGACAAUGUACUCAACAGUUCAGUUUUCAUUGUGCACCCGCAUUGGAUGUCGAUUGGCAAACUAAUACAUCAUUUGCUAGUUGUUCUACAGAUCAAUGCAUUCAUGUAUGCAGAUUGAAUGUAGAUAAACCUAUUAAGAGCUUCCAAGGUCAUACGAAUGAAGUAAAUGCUAUUAAAUGGGAUCCCCAAGGUAAUCUAUUGGCUAGUUGUUCGGACGAUAUGAGUUUGAAGAUAUGGUCUAUGAAACAAGAUACCUGGGUACACGAUCUUCAAGCUCAUAGUAAAGAAAUCUAUACUAUCAAGUGGUCACCGACUGGUCCAGGAACCCAUAAUCCAAAUAUGAACUUGACACUUGCUAGUGCAUCAUUUGAUUCGACUGUAAGAUUAUGGGACGUAGAAAGAGGAGCUUGUAUACAUACGCUCACUAAACAUACCGAGCCAGUAUACAGUGUUGCAUUUAGUCCAGAUGGCAAGUUCCUUGCUAGUGGAAGUUUUGACAAAUGUGUUCAUAUUUGGUCAACUCAGAGUGGAUUAUUAGUUCACAGUUACAAAGGUACCGGUGGAAUAUUUGAAGUAUGUUGGAAUAGCCGAGGUGAUAAAGUUGGUGCUUCAGCAUCAGAUGGCAGCGUAUUUGUUCUUGAUCUUCGUAAACUGUGAUCACGAACAACAUAAUAUUUAUGUUAUUAAUUAUUUC